GGUGAGAGGUACCCAUGAGAUGUUUUGAGAAUUUUUAUACAAUUAUUUAUUUAAAUAAAAAUGGCCGCCGUAGAGAGCGGAGACGAGAGACUCAGUGAGGAGAAGAGUGAAGAUGCCAACCAGAAUCAGAGCUCCAACGACAAGGACCCUAAGACACACAGCAAGCCAAAGAAGGUGAGGUGGGAGCGGAGGGAUAUGGAGAAGGAGAGGCUGGAGUCUUCAUCCACCACCACUAUGUCCUCCCCUCCUCAUCCUCCAGUCCAGCAGCCCAGUGCGCAGCUGGCUGAGGCGGGGCCCUCGGUGCCCAUGGUUACUGCAGUUGGUGAGGCCUCGGGUCUCUCUGAGUCCCCUGCUUCGCCCAAACAGAGGAGGUCCAUAAUCAGGGACCAAGGUCCGCUCUACGACGACCCCUCUCUGCCCCAGGGCUGGACACGUAAACUCAAACAACGCAAGUCUGGGCGGUCCGCUGGGAAGUUUGACGUCUACUUGAUGAACCCAGAGGGGAAAGCCUUCCGUUCCAAGGUGGAGCUGAUUGCCUUCUUCCAGAAGGUAGGAGACACCGCCACCGACCCCAACGACUUCGACUUCACCGUGACAGGGCGUGGCAGUCCCUCCCGCCGCGAGAAGAGACCCCCAAAGAAACCCAAGGUGAUGAAACCGUCAGGGAGGGGCCGGGGUCGGCCGAAGGGGAGUGGGAAGUUACGGCCGGCCAUGGAGGGCGUGGCAAUGAAGCGUGUGGUGGAGAAGAGUCCUGGGAGGCUCUUGGUCAAAAUGCCUUUCAGCGCAUCCAAGGCAUCUGAAGUGGCGGGGCAGCCGCCAUCGCAGGUCGUAGUCGCCAAGAUGCGCCCGGCGCGGAAAAGGAAGUCGGACACACAACCGCAGACUGCUCCGAAAAAGCGGGGGCGUAAGCCAGGGUUGGUGUCAGCGGCAGUUGGGGCGGCGGGUUCCAGUACUUCCUCCUACGCAGCGGCUGCUAUCCUCGCCGCAGAAGCCAAAAGGAAAGCUCAGAAGGAGUCUUCCACUAAGCCGGUGCAGCAGACCGCUCUGCCCAUCAAGAAACGCAAGACCAGAGAAACUGUUGAGGAGUUGAGAGACAUUCCAGCUAUAGCCAGGGCAGGGAUAGGGACAGGGAGUGCUGUGGUGGUGGCAGCAGCAGAGAGGACAGACCAGGGACAGAAGGAUCAGGGACAGAAGCUGCCAAAGAGUCCAGGGAGGAAGCACAAGGACAGUCCCGUGACUGCCGGGUUGACCGCAGAGGACAGUGGUGGGUCCAGCGUUUGGUCCAGUAGUGGGGCCAGUGGAGGAGGCAGCAGCAGUAGCGUCACUACCCCAAAGAGUCACAGCCACAAGAGAAAAGAACGUACGCCGCACAAACACCUUCAUCACCACCACCACCACCACCGUCGCCACAGUCACUCCUCUGUAGUGGAGGAUCCUCCUCCCCCACCCGCCCAGCGGCCCCCCCACCACCACCGUCGCCACAGUCACUCCUCUGUAGUGGAGGAUCCUCCUCCCCCACCCUUCCUGCGGCCCCCUCACCAUCACUUCCCCGGCUUGACUAUGAGCCUGGUCUCCCAUACAGCCAGGGCCUCGGUGGGGCCAGGGGCCCUCCUGCAGAAUAAGCCCCAGGACCUGAGCACCUUCAGGGGCCCCUGCCGGGCCAGCACCACCACGGCCAGAGGAAAGAGAGAGGAGGUCAGGGAGGUCAGACAGGACAGGUGUCCAAAGCCUCCGGCAGCUGCAGUGGUGGGAAUGGGUGACACCAGGGCCAACAAGCAUCAAGUGGACGUGGCAGCAGGGACGGUGGAAGGGAGGGAUUUGAGAGACAUUGUAUCCUGCUUAGUCGUCCCCAGACCUAGCAGGGAGGAGACGGUCUCAGUCGUACCCAGACCUAGCAGGGAGGAGACGGUCUCAGUCGUACCCAGACCUAGCAGGGAGGAGACGGUCUCAGUCGUACCCAGACCUAGCAGGGAGGAGACGGUCUCAGUCAUACCCAGACCUAGCCGGGAGGAGACGGUCUCAGUCGUACCCAGACCUAGCCGGGAGGAGACGGUCUCAGUCGUACCCAGACCUAGCAGGGAGGAGACGGUCUCAGUCGUACCCAGACCUAGCAGGGAGGAGACUGUCUCAGUCGUACCCAGACCUAGCAGGGAGGAGACGGUCUCAGUCGUACCCAGACCUAGCAGGGAGGAGACGGUCUCAGUCGUACCCAGACCUAGCAGGGAGGAGACGGUCUCAGUCGUACCCAGACCUAGCCGGGAGGAGACGGUCUCAGCCGUACCCAGACCUAGCCGGGAGGAGACUGUCUCAGUCGUACCCAGACCUAGCAGGGAGGAGACGGUCUCAGUCGUACCCAGACCUAGCCGGGAGGAGACGGUCGAGUCUCGGACGCCGAUCACUGAAAGGGUUAGUUGACUGCAUUGCAGGACCCAUGUCUGUAAGGAGAGAGGAGACGUUUAGCAGUGGAUUUUAUAAGAAAACAAACAAACAGACAAUGUGUACAUAAAAACAAAAGGCAGCUGUUGGUUGAUGUUGUUUCUGUGGGAUGGGCUGUUUAUUGACAAACAAAUAACGCAGCUUAAUGAACAACCCACAACAGAUUGCUUCCUGAUACAUUUUUACUUUUUUUUUGUUUUUGUUUUUGUUGUCAUUGUUUUGUUCUUUGUUUCUGCUUUAAACCUGUUAGUCAUCCACUGCGACCCAUGAUCCUUUGCUCAAAGCUUACAGGACGUGGAGGACCUACACUUCCUGUAUACAUCAUCAGCCGGAAACUAUGGAAUCCAUGGUUUAAGAUAUCAUUGUGAAAAUGGGACUGAAACAGGGUUGGAUUUGCCUAAAGCCAAGGCACAUGUCCUGUCUGGCCCUUUAUAAGUGACUUGUCAAUGUUGUUGGUCUGUGCUCCGUGGAUAGAGGCCUCGCAAUAUACAUAUGUCAUGCACGCUUCAACUGCUUCUGUUGUAGCAUCCUCUUACUACCGCAGUACGCUCAGGAUGAGUCCAAAAUGGCACCCGAUUCCCCAUUUUAAUGCACAACUUAUAGGGUCCUGGUCAAACAGUGUGCACUGUGUAGGGAAUCGGGUGCCAUUUUGGAUGAAGCCUCGGUUUUCAGUCCACUCUCUACAGUCCAGGCCUAUUCAUUUAGGUGACAUAUGUUUUCCUCAACCUAUAUUAUGUCAAUGCGUCCCAAAUGGUACCCUAUUCCCUAUGUAGUGCACUACUUUAGACCAGGACCCCUAAAAGUAGUGCACUACUUUAGACCAGGACCCCU